UUUUACGUCGCUAUGUUCAGUGAAGUUAGUGUCCGUAAUAAAUAAAUUGAAUAUGGCUGAAAACGAAGGACAUAAACAUCGGGAACGCUAUGACCAUGAGGGAGAAGGUAAAUUAUGUUACGAUUUUUCUGUGUAUAGUCCGCGGUUAGUGUGUUCGACGUCCGCGCGAGGCUGAGACGUCUUCAGUACCCUCGUGUUGCAUUUGUGACAUUGAAAUUGGGUUCUUUUUAUAAUUGCUGCGUGGAUCGUGGUCCUGGGCUGCCAGGAACGGAGCGCACGGUCAACCUCGAGCUUUGACUGGUUCAUUAGGCAUCAAACUUCGUGAGAAUGACCGGGGGAUCCGAGAAGACGUUCGACUCAGUGACAGAGAAGCCGGCGCCGGCACCGCGUGGGCCGCACGGUGUCCAGGUCGUCGACACCGGCCCCGACCAUACGUUCACCCUGGACGAGGAGGCCCUCAAGUCUCUGCUCCUGAAAGAAGAUGUCAGAGACAGAGCCGUGGUCGUUAUAUCAGUUGCCGGAGCCUUCAGGAAAGGAAAGUCCUUCUUAUUGGACUUCUUCCUGAGAUAUAUGCACUAUAAGUACGGCGCAGGCGGCGGCGGGAGCGAGUGGCUCGGUAGCGAGGAGGACCCCCUCCAGGGCUUCAGCUGGCGAGGGGGCUCCGAGAGGGACACGACCGGCAUACUCAUGUGGUCCGAGAUAUUCAAAGCGACGCUCGAUGAUGGUGAAAAGGUAGCGAUAAUAUUGCUAGACACGCAAGGCGCCUUCGACAGUGAAUCCACGGUGCGAGACUGCGCGACCGUGUUCGCUCUGUCCACGAUGCUGUCGUCCGUUCAGAUAUACAACCUCUCGCAAAACAUCCAGGAGGACGACCUCCAGCACCUUCAAUUGUUCACAGAGUACGGUCGGCUGGCGCUCGAGGACGGGGGCCGGACUCCCUUCCAGCGGCUGCAGUUCCUCGUGCGCGACUGGAGCUUCCCCUACGAAGCGCCCUACGGAGCGGACGGCGGCAUGCAGAUACUGUCAAGAAGAUUAAAGGUAUCAGACAAACAGCAUCCAGAGCUGCAGUCCCUCCGCAAGCACAUAACGGCGUGCUUCUCGGAGCUGGCCUGCUUCCUCAUGCCGCACCCGGGACUCAAAGUGGCCACCAACCCACAAUUUGACGGCAGACUUGCAGAUAUCGAAUCAGAGUUCAAACGCUCCCUCCAGCAGUUCGUGCCGAUGCUGCUGGCUCCCGAGAACCUGGUGCCGAAGCUCAUCAACGGUCAGAAGGUCAAGGCCAAGGACCUGGUCCAGUACUUCAAGUCGUACAUGAACAUCUACAAGGGCAACGAACUGCCCGAGCCCAAGAGCAUGCUUGUGGCGACAGCGGAAGCCAACAACUUGACAGCUGUGGCGGAGGCCAAGGAGGUGUACACGCGGCUCAUGGAGGAGGUGUGCGGGGGUGGGCGGCCCUACUUGCACGCCGACCUGCUGCUGACGGAGCACCAGCGCGUGCGGGACAAGGCCAUGUACGCCUUCAACGCCAAGCGGAAGAUGGGCGGCCGGGACUUCAGCCAGGCCUACUUCGACCAACUCGCACAGGACUUGGAGGAGCAGUUCCUGCAGUUCAAGGCGCACAACGAGAGCAAGAACAUCUUCAAGGCGGCCCGGACGCCCUCCGUGUUCUUCGCGGUGGCGCUGUUCUUCUACGUGCUCAGCGGAGUGUUCGGGCUGCUGGGCCUCUACCCGCUCGCCAACGUCGCCAACUUCGCCAUGGGCCUGGCCCUCCUCACGCUCGUGCUCUGGGCAUACAUCAGGUACAGCGGCGAGAUGAGAGAGUUCGGCGUAACCAUAGACGACACUGCGACGGUCAUGUGGGAUAAUGUCCUGAAGCCGAUGUACCAGACGUGCCUCGAGAAGGGCAUGGAGCACGCGGCGGCGGCGGCCGUGGCGCCCCCCUCCCCCGCCCCCGGCGCCGCGCCCCCCGCCUUCGCGCACAACGGGAAGCACAAGCACUUGUGAUGACGCCCCGCGCCGCCAGCGCUCCGCCUGGCCGCCCUGUGAGCCGCGCGCGCUCGCUCCGACACCUCAGUGGGAGGCGUGCCCGCCAAGUGACGUAGCGCCAAGUGACAGUACUCGCCAUGUGUCAAGUGACGUCAUCGAACGCCAUCUUAAGUCGUUAGUUAAAUAUAGGGUGUGUUUUUAUACAAAAGGAUAAUAGGUUUAAUCCGAGAACGGUUUGUUAAUUGAUAAUAAUAGUUCUAGAUAAUGUUAUUGUUUACUGUUCAAUGAGAAUUUUACGAUUAAAUCGUUUUAAAGUUUUCAAAGGUACGGAUAGUUUCUUUUUUUUUUAAUUUGCUAAAUCAAUGGAAUACAAAGAUUUACUUAAUUAAUGGUUAAGUUUUUUUUAUUGAAAAAAUGGUUGUAGAUUAAAUACCGAAUUAUUAACGAAAAUAAAUGUUUUAUUAAAACGGUUUCUAAAACUGUCCCCGCCGGGUAGGCGAGCUCUUUGAGGCGACAGCGGUCCGGCACUGUCUCUCGUCUUCAGCUAAGUGAUCACUAUCCGAUGUAGUCCGUUGCACUGUUGGCUCAGUAUAAUGAUAUCAUACAAGGUACUGAACCUUCAUAACCGAAAAUGAUCCUGAAACCUCUACACUCCCGCGCCAGAUACACUAGUUAAUCGACCUACAGCAUCAGUAACGUUAUGGAUUAGAAAUUUCAGACUUAUUAUAAUGAGCACAUAAAGUUGAAUUUGCUGAAAUAUAUUAAACUGAACACGAAUAUUUGUGGUUAUCUCUAUAUAAUUGUCAAUUCAAUUCAAUAUAUUGUCAUGUCACUUGUCGCAGCCGAUAGCAAGACCGCCUCGCUCCGUUUUCGCGAUUAGCUCUGCGUAUAUCUUUAGGAGACUUAAAUUUCAAACCAUUGCUCCUCGUGCGGAGAAUGCCAAAACUAUAUUUAACAUUUAGGUAAUUUGAAAAAAAUCAUAAUUGCUUGAAAAUAUUCUAGAUCUUGUCGCAUAUAAUUAAGUCUGAAAAAAAAACUGGAAAUUUAAAAAAAAAAGUGUCGCGUACCGUUUUGUACUGGCGAUAUUAGUGCGUGGCAGCGCACUGCACUGGAAUUUUUAAUGAAAGUGAUUUACAAAAUCAAACUCUAAUACGUUGGCAGUAAGGUGCGUUCUUCUAUUGAGGUGUCGAAGGUACGUACGUUCAUAUGAACCUUAGUGUGGACUCGUGUAAAUAAAUAUAGACUAUGGGUGUGAAAGUGAAAAAAAAACAUAUUUAAAGCAAACGGUUCCAGUGACAGCGAUUACCCAGCGGCUGCCUGGGACUGGACUACCGCGGCUUUCACGAAAGCUCACUUGCUUGCUCAUCUCGUAAAAGGAAUCGAAGCUAACUGUAAUAAAAAUGUAAAUUUCAUUAAGAGAUAAGUAAAACUUGUAUGAAUGAUUAUUAUAAUUAUUCUUUUCUUGAUUUUCAUUUCUGUUUACUGACGAUUGUACGCUUGUAAUAUCAAAAGUGUUCCAGAAUUCUCGCCUCCAGUUGUGCGUUGUCUACCUUUAUAACAACUAUAUGUACUGUAACUUAGAUAACGAAAAUAUUGAAGCCAGGAUAUGAUGUUUAAAUUUGUCAUUUUGACAACUGCGCUUAAACGUCAACCUGACGUUUCAUUAGUUCUCAAAAGAAGCUAUAUAUUGCUGCAUAUCGCUAUGCAUUGCUGCACUCAAACUGACUCCACAAGAUUCGAGGGAAAUGCGACGCUUUCAUUGAAAAAAGGAACAACCCUAUCAGAGGACUUAUCCGGCUUUAUAACAUAUUGACAUAUAGUCUUAGUUACCAGGUCAUAAAAUCCUUUAAAUAAAUAUUUUUUAUAACAUAUCGAUUGUAUCUGAAGGGCUCAGGGGAAUAACAAGCCAAAACUAAACAAUGACAUUCGAUUACAAAAUUGGAAUUGAAACUAAAAUGAACCACCGCAUGUGUCAACAAAUUUUUUGAAGGACGGUUACACGUUUGUGUGUUUGAAUUCCUCCAAUUAACUCCAACGGCCUUGAUGACGAAGGACAGUCUACGGUCGACUCGUCUGCUGCUGCGUGGACCCUCUGGGGCCGGGUGCUCGUUACAACGAGGUAGCAUGAGCUCUACUUCAUCACCUCACCCUAAAUAAACUACUUGAAGUUGUCACUCAUGUGUCGCUUAGUUUCUCAACACAUGUUUUGAUGUGUUCUUAAGAUCUUAAAAUGUCAAUGAUUCCGCCAGAUCUCCUGUGCCCUUCACCAUAUUAUUAUAAUAGUUUUGCUGGUUUCUGUUUGUCCGAAGAUUUCCAAGAAACGCCAAUUGGGUUGUGGAACAUUUGGAAUCUUUUCUACGUGAUGUACAAUACGAAUUAGCGAUGACUGCUUUUGAAAAUGAAAAAGCAACAAAAUAAGCUCAAAGAACUAUAUAAUCCACUAAAAUUUUAAAUAUUUUUGGUUAAUCGGAUGUAUUCUAUUUCUAUGGGAGUUGUGUUAUAUUCUUAAACCUAUGCCAAGAGGGAUGCCGAAAAAUCUUAUUUUUAUAUUUUAUAAAACUUGUAUAUUGGCAAUACCCAAAUUUGUCUCGCUAUGACAUAUUCACGGACCGUGGCGAAGCUAAAAUUGGUUAUCAGUAGGCUUAGUAUACAAAUAUUUAAGCAAAUACUUAAAUAUAAACAUUUUGUUAUUAAGAGCAAUUCAAAUAAUUUCGUAUCAACAAUUUUGGUGUAGUGUAUAUAAAUUUAGUGAUAAAUUCUGUAUAGCGUUUUAAAUCGUUGACUGAAUUUAAUAGUGACAUAUGUCAAAAUUGACAGCUGUCAAUUUACGUAAAAAUCGAACGUUAAAGUUUGACGUAUCAAAUUGAAAAAAUCCGGUAACGAUAAUGAGUCGUCGUUUACGAGUUAGGGUAAUGUGCGAGCCCUGAAAUUGUUUACAUUACCCGUACUACAUAGGUAAAGGAAAGAAUAGAUAGUAUGUACCUAGUAUAGAUAAAGAGUGUGUAUAUAUAUGUGUGUCUUAUGGUGGCGGCAGCGUGCAUGUUGUGAUGUCUCUAUGCUUCGGCAACCUCUUUAUAUCGGAUGUGCCGUGAGCUCGUACAUCGUACAUUUGCGCAAUAAAAAACUAUAUUGUUAUCUAUUUUAAUUAAGUCAACGAUAAUAUGAAAAGUAGGGUGUGCACAAAACAAAUGCAGUUAUUUACAUAUAUUUUUCUUUCUAAAUCUACACUUGUUGAACUGCACCUUCUGACCGUACUUAAUUAUAUACAAGUUGUUAAUUUCUCAAUCUUUAUGUUUUUCUUUUCAAUUACUGCACGUUUUCAAUGAUAAUGACUCGUUACGGAAUUCGUGUUCGUUUUUCUGGGAGAAUUUAAUAAAUUAAUAAAUAACAUAUAUUUUAAGUUUACUGUCACUAUCAAAUAUAAUUGGUUAGAAAAAGAAUAAAAAGGGCAAACAAAGGCCUUCCACACACAUGUUCUACUAAUUUAGUCCAAAUUUUGAGUUUUUUGUCUUCAUCGGAAAAAUUUCAAGUAAUUUCGAUAAGUCCCCUUCGGCCUGUUCACUUCAAGUGGCAGUAAACUUUAGAAGAAUAUAAUCCAUACAACACCCUUGAUUAAUGUAAAAAAAUUGUGUAAAACAUUUAAUUGUCGUGAAUAAUGUUUUAGAUUUUAUUGUAAUGUUAUUACUUAAUGAUACUCUUGCUUUCAUUUCAUUUUAUGUAAUCUAUGUUUUAAUUUAAAUAUAAAAGAUGUACUGUCGCGUCCGAAAGAGGUUGAUAAAUAUUUUUAAUAAUUCUUAUGCGUACUGUCUGUUUUAUUUAAAAAAAAAGAAGGAAAUGUUACACUAUCAUAUCUACUUAAGCAAUAUUUCCACUGUAAUUUAAAAAAAAACUUUCUAUAAAAUUAUGUAAAAAAAAGUGUAUUUUAAAAAACAUAUCGUUAUUAAAGAUAUCUCUAUUUUCUCAAGAAUGUGCCAAUUUUCUUCUCUAAUAUUUUACCCUUUGGUCCUUCGAUGUUCAGUAGAGCUAAGUGUGGGUAUGUUUUUACGGCUUGGUGCAUCUGUUAGAUUAUUUUUUAACGUUUAAUUGAAAGGAUUAAGUAGAACUAUAUGUACUGUAACUUAGAUAACGAAAAUAUUGAAGCCAGGAUAUGAUGUUUAAAUUUGUCAUUUUGACAACUGCGCUUAAACGUCAACCUGACGUUUCAUUAGUUCUCAAAAGAAGCUAUAUAUUGCUGCAUAUCGCUAUGCAUUGCUGCACUCAAACUGACUCCACAAGAUUCGAGGGAAAUGCGACGCUUUCAUUGAAAAAAGGAACAACCCUAUCAGAGGACUUAUCCGGCUUUAUAACAUAUUGACAUAUAGUCUUAGUUACCAGGUCAUAAAAUCCUUUAAAUAAAUAUUUUUUAUAACAUAUCGAUUGUAUCUGAAGGGCUCAGGGGAAUAACAAGCCAAAACUAAACAAUGACAUUCGAUUACAAAAUUGGAAUUGAAACUAAAAUGAACCACCGCAUGUGUCAACAAAUUUUUUGAAGGACGGUUACACGUUUGUGUGUUUGAAUUCCUCCAAUUAACUCCAACGGCCUUGAUGACGAAGGACAGUCUACGGUCGACUCGUCUGCUGCUGCGUGGACCCUCUGGGGCCGGGUGCUCGUUACAACGAGGUAGCAUGAGCUCUACUUCAUCACCUCACCCUAAAUAAACUACUUGAAGUUGUCACUCAUGUGUCGCUUAGUUUCUCAACACAUGUUUUGAUGUGUUCUUAAGAUCUUAAAAUGUCAAUGAUUCCGCCAGAUCUCCUGUGCCCUUCACCAUAUUAUUAUAAUAGUUUUGCUGGUUUCUGUUUGUCCGAAGAUUUCCAAGAAACGCCAAUUGGGUUGUGGAACAUUUGGAAUCUUUUCUACGUGAUGUACAAUACGAAUUAGCGAUGACUGCUUUUGAAAAUGAAAAAGCAACAAAAUAAGCUCAAAGAACUAUAUAAUCCACUAAAAUUUUAAAUAUUUUUGGUUAAUCGGAUGUAUUCUAUUUCUAUGGGACUUGUGUUAUAUUCUUAAACCUAUGCCAAGAGGGAUGCCGAAAAAUCUUAUUUUUAUAUUUUAUAAAACUUGUAUAUUGGCAAUACCCAAAUUUGUCUCGCUAUGACAUAUUCACGGACCGUGGCGAAGCUAAAAUUGGUUAUCAGUAGGCUUAGUAUACAAAUAUUUAAGCAAAUACUUAAAUAUAAACAUUUUGUUAUUAAGAGCAAUUCAAAUAAUUUCGUAUCAACAAUUUUGGUGUAGUGUAUAUAAAUUUAGUGAUAAAUUCUGUAUAGCGUUUUAAAUCGUUGACUGAAUUUAAUAGUGACAUAUGUCAAAAUUGACAGCUGUCAAUUUACGUAAAAAUCGAACGUUAAAGUUUGACGUAUCAAAUUGAAAAAAUCCGGUAACGAUAAUGAGUCGUCGUUUACGAGUUAGGGUAAUGUGCGAGCCCUGAAAUUGUUUACAUUACCCGUACUACAUAGGUAAAGGAAAGAAUAGAUAGUAUGUACCUAGUAUAGAUAAAGAGUGUGUAUAUAUAUGUGUGUCUUAUGGUGGCGGCAGCGUGCAUGUUGUGAUGUCUCUAUGCUUCGGCAACCUCUUUAUAUCGGAUGUGCCGUGAGCUCGUACAUCGUACAUUUGCGCAAUAAAAAACUAUAUUGUUAUCUAUUUUAAUUAAGUCAACGAUAAUAUGAAAAGUAGGGUGUGCACAAAACAAAUGCAGUUAUUUACAUAUAUUUUUCUUUCUAAAUCUACACUUGUUGAACUGCACCUUCUGACCGUACUUAAUUAUAUACAAGUUGUUAAUUUCUCAAUCUUUAUGUUUUUCUUUUCAAUUACUGCACGUUUUCAAUGAUAAUGACUCGUUACGGAAUUCGUGUUCGUUUUUCUGGGAGAAUUUAAUAAAUUAAUAAAUAACAUAUAUUUUAAGUUUACUGUCACUAUCAAAUAUAAUUGGUUAGAAAAAGAAUAAAAAGGGCAAACAAAGGCCUUCCACACACAUGUUCUACUAAUUUAGUCCAAAUUUUGAGUUUUUUGUCUUCAUCGGAAAAAUUUCAAGUAAUUUCGAUAAGUCCCCUUCGGCCUGUUCACUUCAAGUGGCAGUAAACUUUAGAAGAAUAUAAUCCAUACAACACCCUUGAUUAAUGUAAAAAAAUUGUGUAAAACAUUUAAUUGUCGUGAAUAAUGUUUUAGAUUUUAUUGUAAUGUUAUUACUUAAUGAUACUCUUGCUUUCAUUUCAUUUUAUGUAAUCUAUGUUUUAAUUUAAAUAUAAAAGAUGUACUGUCGCGUCCGAAAGAGGUUGAUAAAUAUUUUUAAUAAUUCUUAUGCGUACUGUCUGUUUUAUUUAAAAAAAAAGAAGGAAAUGUUACACUAUCAUAUCUACUUAAGCAAUAUUUCCACUGUAAUUUAAAAAAAAACUUUCUAUAAAAUUAUGUAAAAAAAAGUGUAUUUUAAAAAACAUAUCGUUAUUAAAGAUAUCUCUAUUUUCUCAAGAAUGUGCCAAUUUUCUUCUCUAAUAUUUUACCCUUUGGUCCUUCGAUGUUCAGUAGAGCUAAGUGUGGGUAUGUUUUUACGGCUUGGUGCAUCUGUUAGAUUAUUUUUUAACGUUUAAUUGAAAGGAUUAAGUAGAAUCAUAUUCAUUCGAUAGGUAAUAACACCUUUAUGAGACGGAUAGGGCUACACCCUGUAUAUUGGAAUUAACUGAGUAACAUAGAUGGUGGUCUUUUAAUAUGUCGUCAAAGAACUUUUGAUUUAGCCGGCGUCCGCAUACGAGUGCCUACUUUAAGGAGGGAAGCAGUCCUCGUCUUCUGUAGGGACUGACAAUGCGAGGCCUUUCCCAUUGCUUAAAGUGAAAUAAUACUUUUAAUCUGUAUGCUUAGUCCGAGUAUUUUUACUUUCUCGAUAGCGUAAAAGUAACCUCCAAUUUGUAUGCAGUUGGAACAGCGCCCCUAGCGGCAAACGUAGGUAAACGUUCCAACUCGAUGAAAAUUUUAGUUAACUCUAACGCUAUCGAGAAAGUUAAAAAGCUCGCACUAAGCACACUGCCUUUAACAAAGUACGCGUCGUCAAUUUUUUUGUUUUUUUCCUAAUCUAUCUGAACGUCAUUAAGUUGCUAUACCGUCUCGUUAUUUUAAAACCGGUGUCAAAUGGAAGUUUCCAAUGAAGCUGACAAUGACACUCCCGGGCUACAAGUGGGGUUUGUGACAGUUCUAGUUGCGUAUUUGAGCGAUAAAUCCUGGGUAAUAGUUAAUAAUUUCACGGGAGACUUCGUGAAAACUGCUAUGUUCAAAUAUUUUAUGGACCCAGCUUCAUUUCAAAUACUUAGGCGGGCGUCCCGUCCGACUGUAAGGAAGCCGGUGGGGGUCGCGCUCAUUGUGCUUAGUGCGAGUUUUUGAACGUUCUCGAUAUCGUAAGAGUUAACCCAAUUUUAUAUGCAGUUGGAACAGCGCCCCUAGCGGCAAACGUAGGCAAACGAUCCUAUUCCAUACAAAUAUGAGUUAACUUUUACGCUAUCGAGAACGUUAAAAAACUCGCACUAAGCACAGCUCUGCAAAUGAAAGGUAAAAGAACGCGCUCUGCAAAACCGCUCAUUUUAUUAAAUAGCUAGACAUUUUAGAUUCGUAAUGACGAUUUGUUGUAAACUGAUACAUAGUUUAUUUUGUUGUGUAUUAUGUGCGAAAUAAAAAUUUGGUUUUAUUGUA